UCCAAUAACCGGGUUUCGGUCUUUAGGGCUGAGCAGGAACUAAACGAAUGUGUACCCUGCGCGAGAGAGCAGGAGAGAGGCAGCCAGCUAACGUUGGACCAACUACAUUUUUUUUUUUUUUUUCCAAAAAAUGGAAAUGGUCACUGAAAUUAGGACUAAGGGAUCCUCGCGGACACCCGGAGAACCAGGGCAACAACAGGCGGCGGGACUGAGCAGCGCGGAGAUGUCCGUCAGCCACCAGCGCCGCCUCCUCCAGCAGCUGGACGAGCAGCGGCAGCAGGAACUCUUCUGCGAUUGCGACGUGCUGGUGGAGGGACGGCUUUUUCGGGCGCACCGCAACGUGCUGUCCGGCAGCAGCGGCUACUUCCGCAUGCUCCUGCAGCAGGGCGCGCGCGGCUGCGCCCGGCCCGCCAGCGCCUCCUUCGACGUCUUCAGCCCCGACGUCUUCGCCGUCAUCCUGGACUUCGUCUACUCCGGCCGGCUGGGCCUCACCAGCGACAACGUCAUCGAGGUCAUGUCAGCCGCCAGCUACCUGCAGAUGAACGACGUCAUCAGCUUCUGCAAGGGCUUCAUCAAGUCAUCCCUGGACAUCAGCGCCAAGGAGGAUGAUGACGCUGACCGCCAGCUGGUGGCGCUUGGCAAAGACGGUGGAGGGAGUGAGCAUGAUGCAAAUGCAAGUCCCGUCCAGCAGGGGGUGCUACUCCCCACCUCCCAACACAAGGAGCCCGGCAGCCCCCCGGGCUCCCCCCAGGACUCUCCCUGGCCAGCCUACUGUGACAGCCCCGAGGUGAAGUAUUACCCAGAGCCCAAGCCUCCCUCCCCGAAACGCAGCACCCCCCCUGUGCGGGGCGGGCGCAGGACCCAGCAGCGCCCCCCGGAGGCCGAGGGGGGGUACCAGCUGGCGCCCGUCAGCACGGAGGGGAGGGGGAGGGGCACGGGGAAGAGGAAGAGAUGCACGGCUGCACCCGAGCCCGACGCAGUGUACUCUCCCGACCUCCAGGGGGAGCCCUCGCUCAACAUGCAGAAAGCUGACGAGCUCUACGCCACCCUGCCCACCAUCGUAGGGGUGGUGGGCUUCUUCAACAAAGACUCCAGCCCCUCCAUGCGCUUUAAGUGCCCGUUCUGCACGCACACGGUGAAGAGGAAGGCUGAUCUGAAGAGACACCUGCGCUGCCACACGGGCGAGCGGCCGUACCCCUGCGAAGCCUGCAGCAAGCGCUUCACCCGCCUGGAGCACCUGCGCAGCCACUUCGAAACGAUCCACCAGGCGCGGAAGCUGGUGUGCAGGAAGUGCAAGCGUCACGUGACAGAGGAGACGGGGCGGGUGGUGAGCGAGGGCACGCGGCGGUACCGCCUCUGCAGCGACUGCCUCCAGGGGAGCGGCUGCGAGGGCGUGGUCCUGGACGGCCCCGACGCCGCCGACAGCCAAUCGGGGCUCUUCCUGGCCGUGGAUGCUGAGGACGACGGGGGCGACAGGGAGUGGCUCCUAGCCGACGAUGACGACGAUGACCUGGCCGAGGACUCCGGCGCUGACCUCAUCAUCCAGGAAGUGGACGACAGCGAGGAGGAGCUGGACCUGCAGGAUGAAAACAAACCCGUCUUCACCUAGAACAGCACCCUCUCCUGGUGUGGAGGAGGAAUGAUGUCAAACAUCGCUGUACAUCAUAUAGAACUUAUUACCGGCGAUGACUCAUCAGUUUGCUGAGCAACAGACAAUGCAGCAUUCAGUGAGCAAAACCUCCUGAGCAAUGACUCAAUUAUCAGCUCAUGAGAAAAUUUCAACUUCUAUUUUACUCAUUUUUUUUUACAUCAUUUGUCUCGUUUAUGUUUGGACAAAACGUAAAACAAACGUGAACACAAACACACUUCAGGAGGGUUUGUUCAAAUUCCCAGGCAAGAAAUAGAAGGUCAGUAGACCUCCAAACACGGUGAUUUGAGGCCAUGAUACCUUUACCUCUCUGUCGUAGUUUCCUGUGCAGCUGAGCAGACGCCAUCUUACGGAUGUUCCUGUAAUUCGCUUCACAUAAAGAAGUCAAGUAUAAAAACAAACAGACCUUUAUUAAAUGAUAAACUGGCUUGGAGACAUGAACACAUAAAAUCUUCCCUCAGUGUCCGUAACAGAAAUCCUCUAAACCUCAGACUGGUUCUUCCCAAACCGGGCAAGCUAAUGGUCUUGCAAGCUUAGCAGCUUCACUCACCCCAUCCAGUCAUGAUGGCAUUGAAUUUGGCCUCCGCUUUUCUUCUUCUGUUGUUUUCUCUUUAGGUGAGAGGAGCCAGGUUCGUUCCUUAGUGUGGGCACUGCGUCUGGUUGCUGAGUAACACUGGAGCAUUUGUCUCUCAAACUGACACAGAGGAGGUGGGAGUGUGGGAGAUGUGCGUAACCCUGCUCCCAACAAAGGGUUAAUUCACUGCUUCUUUCUGCCUGAUGUGUUUAUAAACACUUCAACCCGCCAUCCAGAAUGCGGCUCGGAAUUAACUGGUUUAAAUUUUGAUUUGGGUUUAUUGUUUUCAAAAUGUUUAAACAUAAUCAAACACAUAUAUGCAGGCAUUUCAUGAUGUUGUGUUCUGUAAAUAAAAAGAAUAUAUUUGUUUGUUAAUUUUGAACCACUUUUAUAAUCGAUUAGAUGCAUGCUGGCACUGUUUUGCUGUUGGUUUUAAUCAGCAAAAUAAUCUGCUAUUGAUCUGUAGGGGGACAGGAUGGAACAUGCCCGUCCGGACUUUGAGCCGGAUGGUGAUGCGAUGAAGACUGUCGCGCCAUUGGGCAAGAUAAAUGAGGUGAAAAGGGAACUCGAGAAUGCACCUGAAAACACACCUGGAUUUGUGGUGUCUGACACUCAAGCAGAAGCCAUUGGAGCCCACUGUGGCUUGGCCCCCUCUCUGCCUGUGCUAUGCUCCACAAAGCAGGAAUUAUUUAUUUUUAUUUACAUCAUUGAGCUUUUUAAAUUAUUAAUACUUGGCCAAAUGCAAGGCUGGGAUUUAGCCACUGGUGCCCUGAACCUUAUACACACGGCUGUAACCUUGCAGUCUGGCCGUUCAAGUGUUCAGUGGGCAAGUGUUUGGGUGGUGCCCUGUUUUUAUGAAUGACCAAUUUUAUAUUUUAAAUAUUUGUAAAUAUUGUUAUUGUUCAUGUAUUACAAUUAUUGUGGCUGACAUGCUUUAUUUAUGACUUUUUUUUACUUAUAAUUUUUCUAUACAAUAAAGAUAUUUUUAUACACAUUA